AUGCUAACACUCAUGAUAGUGUCGUCACCUGACACCGAAGCUAUCUCUGCUGUCCUUCACGCCUACGGGGCGGCUCUAAAAGCCCGGAAUGUGGAGGAGGUACUGGCACUUUACACCACAGAUGGUGUCAUUAUGCCCCCGCAUUUCCCGGCGAGUGCGGGCGUCGACUCUCUACGCGCAUCAUAUACGCGCAUUUUCUCAACAAUUGAGCUCGUCAUUACUUUCCAAAUCGAGGAAAUUGUUAUGAUGUCUCCAGAGUGGGGGUUCGCCAGGACGACGGCCGAGGGCACCAAAACGAUACUCGCUCUGAACGAGUCGGAGCCACACGCGAACCAGGAAUUAUUCAUCAUGAAGAAGGAAAAUGGCAAAUGGCUAAUUGCUAGAUAUGCCUUCUCAACCAUGAAACCGCUGAUCGCUGGACAAAUGUCUGUUGAAGCGAAAGACAGAAGAAAAUUGCUUCUUAUACGGUGGCUUGGGUGUGAAACUACUGAGUUGUUACUGUCUGCCCGCGGCCUUUAUGGAAUUAACAACUAUCCAUUGCCUAAGGACGAAUAA